GCCCAUUGUGGCAAUUGACGCUGUCGGAUGAUCCAGAGCCUCUUCAUCAUCACGCCGACAGGCGAGAUCAUCAUCGAGAAGCACUGGCGGGGCACGACCAACCGCAACGUGUGCGACUUCUUCGUCGAGGAAGUCAACAAGUACAAGGCGCGCGAGGACGUGCCGCCGGUGAUUGCGACCGCCAAGCACUACUUGAUUAGCGCCUUCCGCGAGCAGCUGUACAUCCUCGCUGUCGUGACCAACGAGGUGUCGCCCCUCGUCGUCAUCGAGGUCCUCCACCGCGUCGUCGCUGUCUUCCUCGAUUACUUUGGCAAGUUUGAUGAAAGCGCCAUCAAGGACAACUUCUCGACGGUCUACCAGCUCCUCGAAGAGAUGCUCGACAAUGGCUACCCGCUGACGAUGGAGCCCAACGCGCUCAAGGCCAUGGUCGCGCCGCCGUCGACCGUCAACCGCCUCACGGCCAUGGUCUCGGGCAAGUCGCGCGUCAGCGACGUGCUGCCGGACGGUGCGGUGUCGGACAUGCCGUGGCGCAAGGCUGGCGUCAAGUACACCCAGAACGAAAUCUACUUUGACAUUGUCGAAGAGAUCGACGCGAUCGUCGAUACUCAUGGCCAAAUGAUCUCGUGCGAAGUUAACGGCGCCAUCCACGGCAACUGCCGGCUCUCGGGCAUCCCAGAUCUCACCAUGGUCUUUACGGACCCGUCGGUCAUUGACGACUGCUCGUUCCACCCGUGCGUGCGCUACUCGCGCUAUGACCGCGAGCGCGUCAUCUCGUUUGUGCCGCCGGACGGGCAGUUUGAGCUCAUGCAAUACCGCGUGCAAGUGCAGCAAAUGGUGCCGCCGAUCUACUGCCAGCCGAGCGUGUCGUACUCGGACCGCGGCGUCGGCACGCUCGAGCUCAUGAUUGGCCAGCGCAACAUGCCGACACUCGUGGCCAACUCGGUGAAAAAGUCGUUUGCUGCCGAAGAGAUCACGGUCGAAGUGACGUUCCCAAAGAGCGUGCGCACGGUCGACGCCAACACGGACGUGGGCAGCUGCCUCUUUGACGACGCCACCAAGACGCUGAAAUGGACGGUCGGCAAGAUCAACCCCAAGAAGAUCUUGACACCGACGCUGAAGGGCAACAUUGUGCUCGUGCAGAACGCAGCCAUUCCUGAUGAAAAGCCGAUUGUGCUCCUGGGCUUCAAGGUGCCCAUGACUACGGUGAGCGGGCUCACGGUCGAGACGCUCGUCCUCUCGAACGAGCGCUACAAGCCGUACAAGGGCGUGCGCACGCUCACCAAGGCCGGUCGCUUCCAAAUCCGAACCUAGUCAGUUGAUACCGCAACGAACACAAUACGAUGGCAACCGUG